CAAAGCAUUAGAACCCAGCUGAAUUGAACGCGUAGAUUAUACAUGCAGAGUGAGCCGAGAGUUUUAGUACAAGUUCAGGUGCAACCUGCCCCGCAGGUCCGGGAGUUCGGACUCCGGUUACAAUUCACACAGGAGCAACCAACACGGGGGUUCAGCGACACGUCCCGGCUGCAGCCUCCAAACUGGUGCUCUACAGUUCACAAUGCCGAAAUCAUUCCUGGUGAAAAGCAGAAAAACUGGCUCUUUUAACCAGCCUCGAUACAACGAUGAUAAAGUAUCAAGCAAACUGGAGCCGGUGUUGACACCUCCUGUUGAUUUACCCAUAUGGUCUCCAGUAGAAAACACGGGCCCCUCCACUGGGCCGAAUAUCCAUGACCGUGAACAUGAGCAAGAAGACACUCCAUGGGAGAAUGGCGGAGACUAUCAGAGAGGGUCCUUGAGCCUGACUAAAGCCGCUACAUACGACAUCCCUCCAGGGUCAGGAACCCUUCUCUCGAGAUCUUCUGGCAAUAAAGAAUGUUUGCUGACCUCCGCCCACAAGCCAGGCUUUCCUUGGGGCCCGUUCCACAACAUAUACGACUUCUGCCAUCUCUCCCCCAGCUUCCAGUCCUCUCUCUUGGUCAACACAGGUGGUCUGUACAGGACCCCUGUUUCAAGGCCACUGGAGAUCGACCAGCCCAUUGACUACAGCACACAUUACGCCUCAGGAUCAAAUGCUUACCACUGCAUAAAGUGUAAUAAGGUCUUCUCCACGCCCCACGGCCUGGAGGUCCACGUCAGGAGGUCUCACAGUGGCAUACGACCCUUCGCCUGUGACCUGUGUGGGAAAACAUUUGGCCAUGCCGUAAGCCUGGAGCAACACCUGAACAUCCAUUCACAGGAGAGGAUCUUUGAAUGUAAAAUGUGUGGGAAAACCUUCAAGCGAUCGUCCACACUGUCCACCCACCUGCUGAUUCACUCCGACACCCGGCCUUAUCCCUGUCAGUAUUGCGGAAAACGAUUCCACCAGAAGUCAGACAUGAAGAAGCACACUUACAUUCACACAGGUGAGAAGCCUCACAAGUGUCAGGUGUGUGGGAAAGCGUUCAGCCAGAGCUCCAACCUCAUCACCCACAGCCGCAAACACAGUGGCUUCAAACCCUUUGGUUGCGAGCUGUGUGUCAAGGGCUUCCAACGCAAAGUGGAUCUCCGCCGUCACUGCGAGACUCAGCACGGCUUGAAGUGUUAGGACUCGGGCGCAAGGAACUGCAGAUGCUGGAAUCUUGAGUAAAAACACAAUGUGUUAGGGGUACUCAGUGGAUUAUGCCCCUGUCCCACUUAGGAAACCUGAAUGGAAACCUCUGGAGACUUUGCUCCCCACCCAAGGUUUCCGUGCGGUUCCCAGAGGUUCCCGGAGGUUUUCGUCAG